AUGAACACAGACAGUUCUUCAACAGCAACGAUCAGCACUUCUUCCGAUAAUUUAAGAAACAGACAAGCUCAAUUUGCCAAAGAAUUGUAUGGUAAAGAUAUUGGUACUAAAUCCGGUAUGUCUGCUUUAUUAUCCAAAAACAAUGAUGCCCAAAAGGAGGCAGUUGCUAAAUAUUUGAAGCAUUGGGAUGGUAAAAUGGACACGGAAGCUGAAAAACGUAGACUAGAAGAUUAUAAUGAAUCAACACAUUCGUAUUAUAAUGUUGUUACCGAUUUUUAUGAAUAUGGUUGGGGUUCCUCGUUUCAUUUUUCAAGAUUUUACAAAGGUGAAAAUUUCCAAGCUUCUGUUGCUAGACAUGAACAUUAUCUAGCUUACAAAGCUGACAUUCAAAAGGAUGAUUUGGUGUUGGAUGUGGGCUGUGGUAUUGGUGGUCCAGCAAGAGAAAUUUGCCGUUUUACCGGAUGUAAUAUUAUUGGUCUGAAUAAUAAUGAUUAUCAGCUUGCUAAAGCUACUUAUUACGCCAAGAAAUUCAAACUAGAUGAUAAACUAAGUUUUGUUAAGGGUGAUUUUAUGCAUAUGGAAUUUGAUCCAAAUACUUUUGACAAAGUUUAUGCCAUUGAAGCCACGGUCCAUGCACCUACUUUAGAAGGUGUUUAUGGCGAAAUUUAUAAAGUAUUGAAGCCAGGUGGUAUUUUUGCUGUUUACGAGUGGGUUAUGACCGAUAAAUAUGAUCCUUCCAAUCCUGAACACAGAAAGAUUGCUUAUGAAAUUGAGUUGGGUGAUGGUAUUCCAAAGAUGUAUAAGAAGAGCGUUGCUGUUGAUGCCUUGAACAAAGUUGGAUUUCAGAUUUUAGAAAGUGAAGAUUUAGCCGACAAUGACGAUGAAGUUCCAUGGUAUUAUCCAUUAACUGGUGAAUGGAAAUAUGUUCAAACUUUGAGUGAUUUGGCUACCUUUUUCAGAACAUCUUUUCUUGGUAGAAAAGUUACUACUGGUUUAGUUACUUUAUUAGAAAAAGUUGGUGUUGCUCCAGCUGGUUCUGCUCAAGUCACAUAUGCUUUGGAAGAGGCUGCUAUUGGUUUAGUUGAUGGUGGUAGAGAAAAGUUGUUUACUCCAAUGAUGUUAUUCGUUGCUAAAAAGCCUUUAGAAAAAACCAAAUGA